GCCACACUGGCCCUGGGCGCGCCUUCGGCGGGUCCGCAGACCCCUCCGGCCCCGGUGACCCCGCGCCACCGGCUGCGGGCACGAGCGGGAAGCUUCACCGUAAACUGAAAACCCAGGGCGCGGGGACGCGCGUUCAGCCAACCCACCGCACGUCAGAGGCCUCCCAACAAAGGAGCGAAAGUGUCGCUUCUCAAACAUCCCCACAAAGGGAGAGAGGAAGAAAGAAAGGUGAGCUUCUGCCCUCGCAGCUCAGUCCCCGCGGAAAGUGAGAGCCGGCCGCCCGAGGGAGGACGCGCCGGGGCCGGGGCCCGGUGUCGCCGGGAAGAUGCUGGAGGUGGUGCCCAGAAAGUCGGCGGGAGCCAGGCCCUGCGCUGAAAGGCGGCAAGAAACCCUUUCACCCUGAUGACGCGCGGGAGGAGAGGACACUAACCGAGCGCUGGGAGGUUCCCGGGCACCGGUCCGCCCCACUGGCCAGCACGGAAGGCUCCGCGCGCCCUCUACCGGUCGUCGUGAACGCGCCGCCGCCGCUCGCCCGCUUCCGCCCAGUCCGCCGGAAAGGGCUCUGCGGAACGAAAGUUCACCCAACCAGCGUUGCUAGUCGGAACAUUUCAAUUCUCCGGAACCGACCGCAAUCCAAGCGGCACAGCGAGACUGGGACGAAAGGCAGCGAGCGGAAGUGCAGGAUCAGAGAGCAUGCUGGGAGCCGGCCGGAAGCGGAAGUCUCCGGCUUGCGCUGCUUGAGCAGGCUGUUCGUGCAAGGCGCUGCUCGCUGGGGCUCGUGGCUGGAGAGCCCCCGGCCCGCGUGUGAGCCAUGGGGAAGAGAUCCCGGCAGCGCGGCGCGGCCCGGUGGGCGGCCGUGCGAGCGCAGACUGGCCGUGCCGCCACGGACGAGAACGGAGACGACGCGGAGUCUCCGCCCUCGCCGGGGAGCCCCAGCUACUACCAGGAUCAGGUGGAUGACUUCCAUGAAGCGCGAUCGCGGGCAGCCUUGGCCAGGGGCUGGCAUGAGGCCGAGAGUGGGGAGGACGAGGACGGCGACGAGGAGGAGGAGGUGCUCGCCCUCGACGUUGACGAUGAGGAUGGAGGGAGCUCCGCGGGCGAGGAGGACGACGCUGAUGAUGACGGCGACGGUGGGAGCUCGGUGCAGAGCGAGGCCGACGCGGACGCGGACCCCAGCCUGGCGUGGGGUCAGAGGAAGAAGCUUUACUACGACACGGACUACGGGUCCGGAUCCCGCGGCCGGCGAACCCAGCAGGAGAUAGAGGAGGAGGAGAGGGAAGAGGAGGAGGAGGCGCAGCUCAUUCAGCGGCGCCUGGCGCAGGCCCUGCAGGAGGAGGAUUUCGGAGUCGCUUGGGUGGAGUCCUUUGCAAAACCGUUGCCUCGGGUGGAGGAGGCCGAGACACGAGUCGUGAAGGAUCUGGCUAAAGUGUCGGUGAAGGAGAAGCUGAAGAUGUUGCGGAAGGAAUCACCAGAGCUCUUGGAGCUCAUAGACGACCUGAAAGUCAAGCUGACAGAAGUGAAGGAUGAGUUGGAACCGUUGUUACAGUUGGUGGAGAAGGGAAUCAUUCCUCCUGGGAAAGGAAGCCAGUACUUGUGGACCAAGUAUAACCUGUACCUGAACUACUGCUCCAACGUCAGCUUUUAUUUGAUCUUAAAAGCUCGCAGAGUCCCUGCGCACGGACAUCCUGUCAUAGAGAGGCUAGUCACCUACCGGGAUCUGAUCAACAAGCUGUCAGUUGUGGAUCAGAAGCUGUCCUCUGAAAUCCGUCACUUACUCACACUUGAAGAUGGGACUGUAAAGAAAGCACCGAACCUAAAAGUCAAACUUACCAAGGCCAAGCCCAAGUCUGGUUCGCAGACUGCUGCAGCUGAUCUCUCUGAUGGUUCGGACUUUGAUGAGGCCGCACUAAAACAUUAUAAGGAACUGGAAGACAAGCAAAAGUUGAAGAGAAAGAAAGAAGAGAAUAGUGAAGAACAGGCUUUUGAAGAUCAGAAUGCAAAGAGGGCCAUUACCUAUCAGAUUGCCAAAAACAGGGGCCUUACACUUCGGAGGAAGAAGAUUGACAGAAAUCCUAGGGUGAAACACAGGGAGAAGUUCCGAAAAGCCAAAAUUCGAAGGAGAGGCCAGGUUCGGGAGGUUCGCAGAGAAGAACAGCGCUACAGUGGCGAAUUAUCCGGCAUUCGUGCUGGAGUUAAAAAGAGCAUUAAGCUUAAAUAAAGUUUUUGCUUAUCUUAGUUUUUAGCAAUUAGACAAAUAAAAUUAUUUUCAACUA